CAGCUCCAGCCGUUCUGCGGGUCUCAGUCGGGCUCGCGCGCCUUUUAGACCCAAACAAAAGCAAACUCAUGGACACGCCGAGCCGGGACACUUGUCUCCUGUCCUGUCCUCAGCCAUGACUCUGAGCUCAGACAUGUCCGACGCCUCCCUGCUGUCCGAAGAGACCGACAUCGAUGUGGUCGGGGAGGGCGAGGACGGGGACAAGACCCGGUCCUCCUACGUGGACGAGGUGGCGCAGAUGGACGGCAUGCUCCUGGACACCUCCUCCUCCUCCUCGUCCUCCUCCUCGUGCAGGGACUCCUACAAGCCGGCGGGCAAGAACCCCCUGGUGAAGCCCCCCUACUCGUACAUCGCCCUGAUCACCAUGGCGAUCCUGCAGAGCCCCAAGAAGAGGCUGACCCUCAGCGAGAUCUGCGACUUCAUCAGCAGCCGCUUCCCCUACUACCGGGACAAGUUCCCGGCCUGGCAGAACUCCAUCCGGCACAACCUGUCCCUCAACGACUGCUUCGUGAAGAUCCCGCGGGAGCCCGGGAACCCCGGCAAGGGCAACUACUGGACCCUGGACCCGGAGUCGGCCGACAUGUUCGACAACGGGAGUUUCCUGCGGCGCAGGAAGCGCUUCAAGCGGCAGCAGAGCCAGGACCUGAUCCGGGACCACAGCGGGUUCGUCCCCGCAGCCGCAGCCUAUGGCUACGGACCGUACGGCUGCGGGGGGUUCGGGAUCCAGGUCCAGUCCUACCACGCGCACUCGGCGCUGUUUGCCUUUCAGCAGCAGCACAACAACAGACACUCCAUGAUCCCGUCCCCGACCCUGAUGCCCACCAGCACGGACCUAACCAGAACCAGGUUCUACCCACAGCUCAGCCCCGGUCUGGGCUCAGCGGGCGCACAGGCGGCCUCCCCGGUACACAAGUCCAACUCCCCGGCGCAGCGGUCUCCCUUCUCCAUAGAGAGCAUCAUCGGAGGCCCGCUGCGGCCCUCCAGGACUUCUCCGGUCGUGGUCCCGGUCUUACCGAGCUCCCUGGGGCCUCCGGGGACCAGCCAGACUGUUUUACACCCGGUUGAGAACUUUCAGAACCGAAUCGUGGGCGGCACGAGCGCCUGUUAAACGCGUGCACUUAGAAACCGA